UGGUGAACGUUCUGCGACGCCGUUGAGUGAUCCCACCAACUCAAAGCCGCGCGACACCUCCGUCACGGUCCGCCAUGUUCCGUUUUCCGCUACUGAUCGCCAUCGUGGUCGUCACAGGAAGUUUCGCUUCAAAAGUAGAGGCCGAUGGCACCUCGUACCUUCAAAGCAAGCGUGAUCAAAGUGAACAGGACCAGAAAGACAUGAAAGAAGGAGUUGUGGUGCAGACUUGCAAGACGGAGAAAGACAAGGAAGGUGCUGUGAAGACUUGUAGCAAGUACUUUCAAGACCAAGAGAGCAAUGAAUUCAAGGACUGCGUGUUCGAUGUUUGCGCGAGUGGAAAGGAAGUGGUGUCCGUAGAGCUAGCAGCGGAUCUCGCAAACCAGGACCAGGAGUCCUAAGCUAGGACAAAGUUCCCCGCCGCGUAGCUCUGCCCAUGCUGACCUGGUGACUAAAAACCGGCAACUUGUCACCUGCCAUGUAG